AUGUUCGGAUUCAAUUUCUUUGCCAAAGAACCGGGAGACAACUAUGUGACUCCACGAAGAUUUCAGGAGCAGGCCAGUCAUGACAUACAGGAUCAUUUGAAGAAGAUACGUGAGCAGGGUGGCUUUGAAGAAUACAGAAAAAAGAGGCAGCAUCAGCAUUUGUCGGCGAAAAAGCUUUUAGGACUGCAAAAGCACAAGAAACAGGAUCCAGUUCAACAACGGCAAGAUCAACAGCGGCAGCAGCAACUACAACAGAAUGGAAUCCAGAGUGAUGAGGCAUCUUCCCUUGUGAAGGGCCCCAUUUCUUAUAUGCCGUAUGGAAGUUCACCAUUGAGAAAAACCGUGUCGGUGGACUCGUCUGACCAAUCGUCGAUCGACUCUGGUUCCUCCGUUUCAAGUGGAAUAUCGGCAAGCCAGAUGUCGUUAAGUAGACAGGCUUCGGUAAUGACAAACGGCAGUUCAAUAUUUUCAUCAGUUCCACAGCUAGCCAGAAUAUAUACAAAUUCGACAGUGCCAACGACAAUCGAUGCGUCGGUAAAUGGAAUACCGUCAUCCCUCGAGCAAAGUGGAGAUCUGAGUUUGAAUGAUGCACUUCCAAAGAACUUUUCGGACUAUUACGCACCAGGACUUGAAACGGAAAGAUUUUCAAAUGGUCGUCCCGUCUUCACCAAGAGAGAUUUGAGGUUCUGGGAGAUGAAUGACAUUCGGUCAUUGCUAAUUUACGAAAGACUGCGUCCGGAAUGGCACGGAAAGGUUCCAGAGGUGAUAUCACCAUAUUCCGAGUUGGCUUUUCGAAUUCAGCUUAUCCCGUUGUGGUGUUCUGAUGAGGAGUUUGCAGAUUGUUUGGCACACUCGGACAUUUAUAGAGAGUCCAAGUUUGGACUCGAUUUCAGAGUCAAUACAGCAAAGUAUAUCCUCCAGAAAGCAAGAUUACGCCACAAGUCGAUUCUGGAAACAAACUUCUCCAUUCCGGAGGCUGCUUUUAAUCCACAGACAAGUCUUGUGGGUGAUAUCCAAUAUGAUGCAUAUUUUAAAUUUGAAUGGAGAAAUGUCAUUGAAAACUAUCUUCUCAAUCUAGCAAUAGAGAAUCAGUGCAGGCACGAUUUUAAGGAGCGGAUGGGUAAGAUCAAGCGCAUCAAUAGACACAGCCAGAACUGUUAUUCUACACCUUCUAAUGACCUUUACAAAAAGGUCCUUGCACACAAUAACAGUGUCAAUCUCGACACAAACAUGAAACAGCAAAUAUGGCAGGAUGUGCAAAGAAACGUGUAUGGCCGACUGGAACUUGGUGCAACUGAUCUCUGCGUGUGA